UUCCUCACUUGCGUAAACCAACGGCUAAGGCGACAGACCGUGCCAAUAUUUGAGUUCUUAUACGUCUAGAACAGCGCCUUCAACGGCAACGAAUUAUUAAUCAACCUGCAUGCUGUAAUAUCUAGACGAUUUGACAACGACGAACUAUGGCACUAAACUGGAGCGAUUUUUCAUUAAAAAUCCUUUUAUUUUGAGCAUAACUGAAGACCGACGAAGAUCUGAUGCUAUUGAUUUACUUUGAAGCGAUGUAUACUUGAAGCCGAAAUGAAAGAACUAGUUUUAGCCAUUGUGAUUUCGCUAUGGAUCGCAACCUUGUUGGUGUUGGCAAUUUGGGUAGCAUUCUGGAAAAGUCGAAGAAAAAAGCGUGCAAUAUCUGAAUCUGAGGAAGAGUUUCUUAGUGAACAAAUCAGUCUAGAGAACGAUCCAGCCGUGGUUACAAAGACUACUUCAGUUCAGCCUGUAUAUAAACCAUAUCCUGCUAUAACACGCGAGAAAACUGGUGAUACAACUGAUGAGAGAGGCGAAGAUUCAAAUGGAUAUUUGUAUUUUUCCAUAAAAUAUGACGGAGACAGAUCGACCCUCGUGGUAAGAUUGGUUAAGGGUGAAAACAUCCCAACUCAGAAUUUAUUCCCGAGCAAACCGAGCGUUGAAAUUCAAAUACUUCCCGCGAGAGCUGAACCAGCGCAUGGUCAAGACGGUAUCGAGUUUGAGAUUCCCCACGAGGAGCUUUUACGACAAACGGUCCAUUUUUGCGUUUGCCGUUAUGAUACAUACUCGAGAAAGAAUACAAUUGGUGAUGUUUUUCUGUCUCUGGCAGAGCUGACAGCAGAAGGAGUAGAUCUGAGUCAGGAAAUAUUCAUACGAAAUUUAAUCGAACCAAAUAUUGAGGUCAGUAUAACAGAGCCAAAAAGCCCAUACUAUCUAUGGGAGAAAAUAAGAACUGCACUUCACGAAGGAAAGUUACGUCCUGAGAUGAAAAAAAAGUCAUUUAUGGAAUCUGUGGAAUGGAACGUUGGUGAUUCUAAGGAGGAAGAAACCAGGGAGUUGGAGAAGCUCGAUGAGACAAGCCAUCGGGAAAGAACAAAGAGCAUAAAACACGAUGGACAACUGGGAAAUUUAUUUUUUUCAUUAAAAUACGAAGACAAGAGGUCAAAACUUCUUGUACGAAUAAUGAAAGCUGAAGGUAUCCCAGAUCAUGAUGGCGAAGCUCCAAAUGUUUUAGUAGAAUGUGCUUUGAUACCUAGAGAGAUUUCCGAGAAACCUUCUGCAACUGCAGUGCAAGAAAACACAUUUUCGCCAAUUUUUGAAGAACUUUUUGAAUACAAAGUUGAUUUCGGAGAACUAUGGAAGAAAAAGCUUCAUCUAGUGGUGUGGUAUGUUGAUGCUUACUUUCACCUAACAAGUUUGGGAGAGGUUAUAUAUUCCCUCAGUCAACUGGAUAUUGAAGGAUUGGAUAUAUCACAAACUGCCAUGCUUUUCUCCAAAGAGAUUGUUCUACUUCAUCAGACUAAGGAUUCUUCAAGAAAAAGCGUAGCGGAAGAUUCAAGCAAAAUUUUAUUUUCACUAACCUACCUCCCAGCGACCAAUCGACUGGGUGUAUUUGUUCUUAAAGCUAAGAAUAUAAAAACAACACAAGAUAAUCAAGGAGUGUACGUAGAGGUUACUAUACUUUAUCGGAGUUCACGCCAUCGUAAGGUCACUAUAUUUAAAACUGGGACAGAGAACCCUGUUUACAAUGAAACUCUAUUGUUUGAUUUGGAAGACUUUGUUAUCAGUACUGUCAAGUUGCAAAUUAUUGUCUACCAGAAAGUAGCAAUAGGGGCAAAUGAUGUCCCGCUUGGAAAGGUCCUAAUGGGAAAAGAAGUAGGAGGGAGCGAAGAAUCUCAUUGGCUUGAAGCACUAACUGCGGCAAAACCUAUUGCACAAUGGCAUGAGCUAGCGCCGUGCAGACAAGAGAGGAAAAUGAAAAACAUCACAACGAUAAGGACGAGAGAACUUCGAUCGUUUCAAUUUGCAAAACGAAGGUCGCAGUUAUUUGAAUAACUUCAUCAAUUAUAAUGAAUAACUAUAAUGAAUAAUAUUUGAAUAACUUAAUCAAUUAUAAUAUUC